GCGACUGCCAUGGGCUCGGAAGCGGCGGCGCUGCUGGAGGCGGUGGAUUUCGCGGCCAGAAAGCACAAGGGGCAGCGGCGCAAGGAUCCCGAGGGCACCCCCUACAUCAACCAUCCCAUCGGCGUAGCCCGGAUCCUGGCCCAUGAAGCUGGUGUGACCGACAUCGUCGUGCUGCAGGCUGCCCUCCUGCACGAUACGGUGGAGGACACAGACACCACGCUGGCAGAGAUCGAGGAGCAGUUUGGGCAGGAGGUGAGUGGGGUGGUGGCAGAGGUGACAGAUGACAAGACACUACCCAAGAUGGAGCGAAAGCGGCUGCAGAUCGAGCACGCCCCGGGGAGCAGCCCCCGUGCCAAGUUGGUCAAGCUGGCAGACAAGCUCCACAACCUGCGUGACCUCAACCGCUGCACCCCGGAAGGGUGGUCGCCGGGGCGCGUGCAGGAGUACUUCCAGUGGGCGGCGCAGGUCGUGUUCGGCCUCCGCGGGACGAGCCCGGCGCUGGAGGUUGCCCUGCAGCGGCUCUUCGAGGAGCGCGGCCUGGCCCUGGAGCCACCGCAGCCGCCCAGUCGUGGUUCCGGGGCCGCCGAAGAGGGCCAGGAACCACGGGCAGGGCGCGUCGGUCAAUAA